UCCUGGCCCGCCCCGCCUGGGAGACGCCCAGCGGGAUCCCAGGUGAGCCGUGCUUAAAGGCAGAGUGGAGCCUGCAGCCCAGGGGAGGAGCCGGGCAGGAGUCAGGUGAUGUCCACCGGAUGGAGCUCAGGAUGAGGCCGUUUCUCCUGCUGUGCCUGUUGCUCCCCAGUGCCCGGGCCACGCAGCAGGCUUGCUCGCGUGGGGCCUGCUACCCACCCGCUGGGGACCUGCUGGUCGGCAGGACGCGCCUCCUCCAUGCCUCGUCCACCUGCGGCCUGAGCAAGCCAGAGACCUACUGCACCCGGUACAGCGAGUGGCAGAUGAAAUGCUGCAAGUGCGACUCCAGGCUGCCCCACGGCUACAACAGUCACCGCGUGGAGAAUGUGGCUGUGUCCUCCGGCCCCGGACGCUGGUGGCAGUCCCAGAAUGAUGUGAGUCCCGUCUCGCUGCAGCUGGACCUGGGCGAGAAGCUGCAGCUGCAUAACAUUGGGAUGCACUUCAAGGGGCCGCGGCCAGCUGGGCUGCUGAUCGAGCGCUCCUCGGACUUCGGCCGGACGUGGCGGGUGUACCAGUACCUCGCAGCCGACUGUGCCGCCGCCUUUCCGCGAGUGCGCCAGGGCCGGCCGCAGAGCUGGGGCGAUGCACGGUGCCAGGCGCUGCCCCCUCUGCCCCCCGGGCGCCCCGACAUGGGGCAGGUCCAGCUCAACCUCCUGGACUUGGCCGCUGGGAUCCCUGUGACACAGAGUCAGAAGCUGCGUGAGCUGGGUGCCAUCACCAACCUGAGGGUGAACUUCACCAAGCUGGCCCCAGCGCCCCAGCACGGCUACCACCCCCCCAGCACCUACUUCGCCCUGUCCCAGCUGCGCCUGCAGGGCACCUGCUUCUGCCACGGCCACGCAGACCGCUGUGCGGCCCCGCCCGCUGCCCCUGCUGGCCCGUCCAGCGCCGUGCAGGUGCACGGCGUGUGUGUCUGCCAGCACCACACGGCUGGGCCCCACUGUGAGCGCUGCGCACCUCUGUACAACAAUCGGCCCUGGAACCCCGCUGAGGACCGGGACCCCCACGAGUGCCAGAGGUGUGAGUGCCAUGGGCAUGCAGAGAGCUGUCACUUUGACCCGGAUGUGUUCGCUGCCAGCGGCGGCACCGAGGGGGGCGUGUGCGACAACUGUGACCACCACACCGAGGGUCGCCACUGCGAGCGCUGCCAGCUGCACUUCUUCAGGAACCGGCGCCCCGGCGCACCCCCCCAGGAGGCCUGCAUCCCCUGCGAGUGUGACCCCGAUGGAGCCGUGCCGGGGGCGCCCUGUGACCCCCUGACAGGCCACUGCGUGUGCAAGGAGCAUGUGCAGGGAGAACGCUGCCACCAGUGCCGGCCCGGCUUCACCGGGCUCAGCGGCUCCGACCCGCGCGGCUGCCGGCCCUGUGACUGUGACCCCCUGGGCUCCCGGCGGGAUCUGCCGUGUGACGAGGAGAGUGGGCACUGCCUGUGCCUCCCCCACGUGCUGGGCCCCCGCUGUGACCAGUGUGCCCCCAACCACUGGAAGCUGGCCAGCGGCCAGGGCUGUGAGCCAUGCGCCUGUGACCCCCAGCACUCCCUGAGCGCCCAGUGCCACCAGUUCACAGGACAGUGUCCCUGUCGCGAGGGCUUUGAGGGCCGGACGUGCAGUGCUGUGGCUGCUCGCCAGUGUCCAGACCGGACCUACGGGGAUGUGGCCUCCGGGUGCCGAGACUGUCAGUGUGACUUCAGGGCCACCGAGGGCCCUGGGUGUGACAAGGCCUCGGGCCGCUGCUUGUGCCGCCCGGGUGUGACUGGGCCCCGCUGUGACCAAUGUGAGCGUGGCCACUGCGACGGCUUCCCGGGCUGCCCGGCCUGCCACCCCUGCUUCCACACCCACGACGCUGAGCUGCAGGCCCAGGCCUGGCGACUCGGUGGCCUCCGCAAUGCCACGGCCAGCCUGGGCGCUGGCUCGGGCCCGGGGGACCGUGGCCUGGCCGCCCGCCUCCAGGCUGCCCAGAGCCAGAUGGAGCAGCUGCAGAUCACGCUGGGCCGCGCCAGCGUCACCGAGCAGGAGGUGACCCAGCUGGCUGGCACCGUCUUCACCCUCAGGGAGACCCUGCAGGCCCUGCGGCUGGAAGCCCCCCUGGAAGAGGAGAGCCUGGGUCUGCGGGGCCGGCUGGAGGGCCUGGACGGCAGCUUCCACAGCCUCCUCCGCCUCUACCAGGACAAGCGGCAGCAGCUCGAGCGGCUCAGCAGCGGUGACCCCUCCGGUGCCCUCCGUGUGCUGGCCGGGGCUCGUGCCCGCUCCGCGCAGGCCGCCGAGCGGGUGGCGGACAGCUCCCUCCAGCUGCUGCGCGUCAGGGACAGCCACCGGGAGGCGGAAGCGCUGCAGAGACGGGCGGGGGGUGCUGCCGGCCCUGGGGGUGCCCAGCUGGCUUCCCUGCAGCUGCAGAUGGCGGCCCUGCCCAACCUCACCCCCACCAUCAACCAGCUCUGUGGGGGCUCGAGGCAGACGGCCUGUACCCCCGGGGCAUGCCCCGGCCAGCUCUGUCCCCGGGACAACGGCACAGACUGCGGCUCCCGCUGCCAGGGUGCCCUCCCCAGGGCAGGCAGUGCCUUCAGCUCGGCGACGAAGGUGGCCGCACGGCUGCAGAACCUGGACACUCAGCUCCAGCAGACGCGGCACAUGAUCCGGGCCACCGAGGAGGCUGCCCUGCAGGUGCAGUCAGACGCGCGGCGCCUGGAGACGCAGGUGAGCACCAGCCGUGCGCACAUGGAGGAGGACUCCCGGCGAACGCAGCUGCUCAUCCAGUGGGUGAGAGACUUCCUCACAGACCCCGCCACGGACGCAGGCAGCAUCGCGCGGGUGAGCGGGGCCGUGUUGGCUUUGCGGCUGCCACCUGCCCUGACCGCCGUGCGGCAGAAGAUGGAGGAGGUGCGGGCCCUGGCGGCCCGGCUCCCCGACGUGGGCCUGGUGCUGGCGCAGACCCAGCGGGACAUCGAGCGAGCGCGCAGGCUGCAGGCGGAGGCGGAGCAGGCCAGGGGCCGGGCCCAGGCCGUGGAGGGACGGGUGGCGGACGUGCAGGGCAGCCUGCGGCAGGGUGGUGUGGCGCUGCAGGAGGCGCAGGAGAGCAUGCGGGGCACCAGCCGCUACCUGGGGCUCCUGCAGGAGCGAGUGGCCGAGGUCCAGCAGGUGCUGGGUCCAGCGGGACGGCAGGUGACAGGCAUGGCGGAGCAGCUGAGAAGCUUCCGGGCACAGCUGGAGGAGCUGGGCCACCAGGCCGGGGAGCAGCGGGCCGGGGCGGCCGGGGCUCAGCAGCUUGCCGCGGAGGCCAGGCAGCGGGCCCUGGACGCCCAGGAGGGAUUCGAGAGGGUCAAGCGCAAGUAUGCGGAACUGCAGGAGCGACAGGGCGGGGCCGCCCCACUGGGGGCGCAGGGAAGCCGGAUCCUGAGCGUGAAGAUGGAGGCUGAGGAGCUCUUCGGGGAGACGGUGGAGAUGAUGGAGCGGAUGCGAGACAUGGAGUCAGAGCUGCUGCGGGGCAGCCAGGCCGUCCUGCGGCGCUCGGCCGACCUGUCGGGGCUGGAGAGGCGUGUGGAGCAGCUCCGGGACCACAUCAGCGGGCGCGUCCUCUACUAUGCCAGCUGCAAGUGACCACGGGGACGGACGUGCCCGCGACCCCGUGGCCAGUCUCCCAGCCCCCAAGCAAGAGAUGCUGUCC